AUCACUUUCUAUGAUCAGUAUACUGUGUGUUAAUAUCCAUAGAAAAACAUAAUUCAAGACACAAAAAAGAGCAAAAAAAACAAUUGACUUGGGUUUGCAUUAAAUUGAAGAAAACCAAAUAGUUUGCCGGAGAGUUUUGUUGUUGAUUAUGAAAUGCCAGCUAGACGUCGUUUUCUCGGAUCUGAAUCAGAUGAAAAUUUCAGUGUUUUAAUUGAUGGAGACAGUAUAUCUGUAGACAGUGAAAAUCGUGACAAACUCAUUGAAAGUCCAUUUAGUGGCGACGAAAAGAAAAAAUACGCAACAUCAACGGCCAAUAAAUAUCUCAGUGGUUAUAGUGUCGCUGGAUUUUCUGUACCAACUGGUUUGACCAAAUUAUCGUCGAGCAUUGGAACAUUUCUGCAUCAGCAAGUGACUCAAGUGGCAAACGUCACCAACGCUGAGCAGUUAUUUUUUGAAAACAAUCAACCAAUAAACCGUAGCAAUCCAUCCAAUUUAGAUAACAAUAACGCCUUUCAAACAUACGACGACGAAUACGACGACGAUUGUGAUAAAAAUAGUGCUAGUGAAAUAGUAAUAAUGGCUUCACGCGAUCGAACUGGUGAAUUUUCCAAUGCAAUACGUUCGAUGCAAGGGCGAAACAUUCAGCGGGCCGUCAACAUUCGGGAUCCGCGUAAAGCCACACAAUUACAAAGCUACUCGGAAUUCAUGAUGAUAGCCAAAACUAUUGGCAAAAAUAUUGCAAGCACCUAUUCCAAAUUAGAAAAAUUAACACUUUUGGCAAAGCGAAAGUCAUUAUUUGAUGACAGGCCAGGCGAAAUUCAGGAACUGACCUAUAUGAUUAAAAGCGACCUUAAUUCAUUAAAUCAACAGAUUGCACGUUUACAAGAAAUGUCCAAAUCUCAGAGAAAAAUCACCAAUGCCAAACAUUUACUUUCACAUUCAUCGAAUAUGGUACUUGCACUCCAAGCAAAAUUAGCCAACAUGAGCACCGAUUUCAAACAAGUACUCGAAGUUCGAACGGAAAAUUUAAAACAACAAAAAUCUCGACGUGAUCAAUUUAGCCAAGGCGGUAUAGCAAGCAAUCUUCCGCCACCGUCAAUGCGAAAAUCUGCCCAGAGUAGCCUAUUGCUUGCGGAACAGGAUCAAGUAAGCAUUGACAUGAAUGCUGAUUCAACACCACUUCUGGCCGGCGAUCAACGGCAACAACAGCAACAACAAAUGAUGUUAUAUGAUGAAUCCGAUAAUUAUGUACAGCAAAGAGCCGAAACAAUGCAAAAUAUCGAGAGCACAAUUGUUGAACUCGGUGGUAUAUUUCAACAGUUGGCCCAUAUGGUGAAAGAACAAGAUGAAAUGGUCGAACGUAUUGAUUCGAAUGUAGAAAAUGCAUCGAUGAAUAUCGAAGCGGCACACGGUGAAAUUCUAAAAUAUUUUCAAACCGUUUCGAAAAAUCGUUGGCUUAUGAUUAAAAUAUUUGGCGUUUUGAUAUUUUUCUUCAUUUUCUUUAUUAUAUUCAUGGCUUAAGAUAAGACAAAUAUUUGUUAUUACAAAAAAAAAUUGUUUGUUUCCGUUUCUUUUUUUUUCACAAGUUAAAAUAUGAGAAUAUUUUUUCAUACUCCACGCGUAUAUAUCCGUUUAUGAUGUUAAAUCAGUUCUAAUGAAGGGAGAAUUCUCAGUGCGAUUAUAUUGAAGUUACAACUGAAUUAUAUACCUAAAAUUAUUAUCAUGAACAAAAUGAACCAAAUUUUUUUAUGUAAAUAAAAACCAAUCAAACAUUCAA